AUGACGAUGGGAAAUGCCCGCGUCAUCCCUGCACCGAAGAACAAUAAUGAAAACAAGAAUGGCUUUGAAAGCGACGAUGUGGCAUUGUAUGAACUGAAUGGACAGCCUCUGACGGUCUCUCGCAGAAUCUGGUGCACAGAAAGCUUGACGGGUGGACUUGAUGCUGGCACUAAGAAGAGCCAUGUGUCAAUACAGCAGAGACUGGGGGAUCUGGAAGACUGGUAUCACCUCAACCCAAUACUACUACUACCGCCUCGAUUCAUUGUUCAAACGUUCAUCCGUGCCGCUCGUCAUGAUCUUGGUCAAUUACCAUCUAGCUUCGCUAUUCACUUGCUGAAAUUCGCGUUCUAUUUCCGCACCAAAAAUCUCAAAGUACAUCGCAGGAAAAUCCCUGUCCGUCAAACUUGA